AUGUUCUGCCGGAGAAUCCUCCCGGCGCUGAGGACGUCGGUCCUGCGAGCCCAGACUCCCCUCACCUCCCUCAACCGCUCCUUCUCCUCCCUCCUAACCUCCCGCAUCUCUCCCUCUCUGCCGACCACCACCACCGCCAUCACACCCAGGACCACACCCACAUCCACAUUCACCUCGCCAUUACAAUCACCACUCACAUCCGCCCUGAACAGCCAAACCCGGCCCUUCUCAGCAAGUGCCUGCCUCGCGGGAAAGCGAAUCACGUAUAACCCCUCGCGGAGAGUACAGAAGCGGCGCCAUGGGUUCCUGGCGAGACUGCGCACGCGUGGGGGGAGGAAGAUUCUGAUGAGGAGGAGGGCGAGGGGGAAGAAGGCGUUGAGUUGGUAG